CGAACGCAAAAGUUGAUGCGUCCAAGACAGCGUGCACAAACGGCGCGUUGACUCGAACUAUACCCCUCAUUCUACCUUGCCAGCACAUGCGCAUCGGUUACUGUCGAUUAUCACAUAACCGCACUUCAAAGAGGUGUUGUGGCUGGGCACACCGGUGGCGUGACGAGGUGGUGGACUGGGCCGUAGAUAGUACCUUUCACGCACUUAUCUACCUAUAAUUUUCUCGCAGAGAUGGAAGAACAGUCUCCAAAAGCUCGCACGAAGCAAACCGCACGCAAGUCAACGGGGUUGACGGCCCCAAGAAAGUCUCUCGCUAGCCGCUCACGUCCAGCCGUCGCUCCCACCCCACUAAAGCGAACGGCAGACGCUGCUUUAGGAGGACCGGCGGAUCCGUCAAAUGGAGCCCUGAAAAAGAAGAAGGCUUCGCGAAAAGAAGCGAAAGCACCUCAGGUGAACAGCGGCACGGGUUCCCAAGUAGCGGUUGGACCUGGCCAGCAAACGUGGCCUUUAUUUGGCGGUAACGAACCUUCACAGAGUUCGUCGGUCAUUGAAUUCAUGUUCAGCUUGCUUAUGGCAAUCGAUGUAGGCAGCAACGGUGCUCCUGGCCUUUAUCCCGGCCUUAUCUCUCUGAAGCAGUUCUGCGAUCUUGCGCAGACCACCAACGACGCCACCCAAUCGCAUCUGCAGCUGCUCGGUCAGCGCAUCCAGGAGCUUCAUGCCGAGUACGAAGCGAGUCGCGCAGAGGUUAUCGAGUUGCGGAGUGAGGUGGAGAGGCUACGCCAAAGAAAUGAGCAGCUGUACUCGGAGAACGUUGCUCUGCGGCAACAGACAUGGGGAUCUGGUGGGACUUGAAGCUUGACCGGCCAUGCUAUUCUGAGUGCGCCUACCGUGUUGUCCGGAGGGCAUUGAAUAUUAAAACUCGCGGAUUGAACCCAGACGCCUAACGUUUCCCAUAUAUAACGUAUCGUUCUGCAACAGUUCCUGAAACAUCCUCUGUGCUUAAGUCGUCUUCCUGUUGCAUGUUAUCGUUGAUAUAUCCCCCAGCAUGUUAGCAUUGCAUCUGUUGUCUCAUGAUUAACCUUUAAUGUUGUAAUAUUCGAGGCGCCCGCCGCGCUGAUCCGUCGGACGCGCAUCAGCCGCGCCGCCCCAAGACACCGAUACAACGCGCUUUGGCGGUCUUUUUUUCCAAGUUAUCGCAUGCCC